CCCCUUAGGCGCAGCGGAGGAGAAGGGGGCGACGAUGAAGACUUUAGUUUUUUUUUUUUAAUCAUUGAAAAGCCUUAAAAGGAGACUCGUAAUAAUAACAAUUAAGAAACCCGAAUGCAAACUGAAACAACCAUGUCUGGAGAAGUGCGUUUGAAGCAGUUGGAGCAGUUUAUUUUGGAUGGGCCAACUCGGACUAAUGGGCAGUGCUUCAGUGUGGAAACUUUGCUGGAUAUACUCAUCUGUCUUUAUGAUGAAUGUAAUAAUUCCCCUCUGAGAAGAGAGAAGAACAUCCUUGAGUAUCUAGAGUGGGCCAAACCUUUUACAUCUAAAGUGAAGCAGAUGCGACUACAUAAAGAAGAUUUUGAAAUCCUGAAAGUGAUUGGUCGAGGAGCCUUUGGGGAGGUAGCAGUAGUAAAACUGAAGAAUGCGGAUAAGGUUUUUGCCAUGAAGAUACUUAAUAAGUGGGAGAUGCUGAAGAGAGCUGAGACAGCCUGUUUUCGAGAAGAAAGAGAUGUAUUAGUGAAUGGAGAUAACCAGUGGAUCACAACAUUACAUUAUGCAUUCCAGGAUGAAAACUAUUUAUACCUGGUUAUGGAUUACUAUGUCGGAGGAGACCUGCUUACAUUACUCAGCAAGUUUGAAGACCGACUACCUGAAGAUAUGGCUCGUUUUUAUUUGGCUGAAAUGGUGAUAGCUAUUGAUUCAGUUCAUCAGUUGCAUUAUGUUCACAGGGAUAUUAAGCCAGACAACAUUUUGAUGGAUGUGAAUGGACAUAUUCGAUUAGCAGAUUUUGGUUCUUGUUUGAAACUUAUGGAAGAUGGAACGGUCCAAUCUUCAGUGGCAGUUGGAACGCCAGAUUACAUCUCUCCAGAAAUCUUGCAGGCCAUGGAAGAUGGAAAAGGGAAGUAUGGGCCCGAGUGUGACUGGUGGUCCCUAGGUGUUUGCAUGUAUGAAAUGCUUUAUGGAGAAACACCCUUUUAUGCUGAGUCCUUGGUGGAGACCUAUGGGAAAAUAAUGAACCACAAAGAGAGGUUUCAGUUUCCUGCUCAAGUGACAGAUGUAUCUGAAAGUGCAAAGGACCUAAUCCGAAGGCUCAUUUGUAGCAGAGAGCAUCGACUUGGACAAAAUGGGAUAGAAGACUUUAAGAACCAUCCAUUUUUUUCUGGGAUUGAUUGGGACAACAUUAGAAACUGUGAGGCACCUUACAUCCCAGAAGUCAGCAGCCCCACUGAUACAUCAAACUUUGAUGUGGAUGAUGAUUGCUUAAAGAAUUCUGAAACCACACCUCCACCAUCACACACUGCAUUUUCUGGCCAUCAUUUACCAUUUGUGGGUUUCACAUAUACAAGUAGCUGCGUACUUUCAGACCGCAGCUGUCUAAGACUGACAGCUGGACCACCCUUCAUGGAUCUUGAUGCCAGCAUUCAAAGAACUUUGGAGGAUAGUUUAGCAACAGAAGCUUAUGAGAGGAGAAUAAGACGUCUAGAACAGGAAAAGCUUGAGCUUAGUAGAAAACUGCAAGAGUCCACCCAAACAGUCCAGGCUCUGCAGUAUUCAACAGUAGAUGGUCCAAUAACAGCAAGCAAAGAUUUAGAAAUUAAAAAUUUGAAAGAAGAAAUUGAGACUUUGAAGAAACAAGUAACAGAUUCUGGUCAGCUGGAACAGCAACUUGAGGAGGCCAGCAGUGCAAGGCGAGAGUUGGAUGAUGCUUCCAGACAAAUAAAAGCUUUUGAGAAACAGGUCAGAAUGCUGAAGCAAGAGAGGGAAGAUCUUAAUAAGGAACUGGCAGAGUCUAGUGACAGAUUAAAAUCCCAAGCCAAAGAGCUGAAAGAUGCACACAGCCAGCGGAAACUGGCAAUGCAGGAGUUCUCAGAGAUGAAUGAGCGCCUGACAGACUUGCACUCUCAAAAACAAAAGCUUGCCCGCCAGCUCCGAGAUAAGGAGGAAGAAAUGGAAGUGGUGAUGCAAAAAGUAGAAAGUUUAAGGCAAGAGUUACGCAGAACAGAGAGACUUAAAAAAGAACUGGAAGUCCAAGCUGAAGCUGCAGCUGCUGAGGCAUCCAAAGACAGGAAAUUACGAGAGAGGAGUGAACAGUACUCUAAACAGUUGGAAAGUGAAGUAGAAGGGCUAAAGCAAAAACAGGUUGGUCGCUCACCUGGGAUAAGCAGUAUAGAACACCAGCAAGAGAUUACUAAAUUAAAAGCAGACCUCGAAAAGAAAAGUGUUUUCUAUGAAGAGGAAUUAUCUAAACGUGAAGUAAUGCAUGCUAAUGAAAUAAAAAGUCUGAAGAAAGAACUGUGUGAUGCAGAGAGCCAGCAGCUUGCCCUCAAGAAGGAGAUCAUGGUUUUGAAAGACAAGUUAGAGAAAACCAGAAGAGAAAACCAAAAUGAAAGAGAGGAAUUUGAAACACAGUUCAAACAGAAGUAUGAACGAGAAAAAAUACUGCUAACAGAAGAAAACAAAAAACUUUCAAAUGAACUUGAAAAGCUCACCACCAUGUUUGAGAGGCUGAGUAUGAAUAACCGGCAACUGGAAGAGGAGAUGAGAGACCUGGCGGAUAAAAAGGAGUCCGUAGCCCAUUGGGAGGCCCAAAUUACUGAGAUCAUCCAAUGGGUCAGUGACGAGAAAGAUGCUCGUGGUUAUCUUCAAGCUUUGGCCUCUAAAAUGACUGAAGAACUAGAGGCCCUGAGGAACUCCAGUUUGGGUGCAAGAGCUACAGACAUGCCCUGGAAGAUGCGUCGCUUUGCAAAACUGGAUAUGUCUGCAAGGUUAGAACUACAGUCUGCUCUUGAUGCUGAAAUCCGAGCCAAACAAGCUAUUCAAGAUGAGUUGAAUAAAGUCAAAGCUUCCUGUAUCUCUACAGAGUGUAAAUUGCAAGAAUCUGAGAAGAAGAACAUGCAACUGUUGACAGAUAUUGAAAGGCUGAAAAAGGAGGCAGAAGAGCUUAGAUCAGAAAAGGGUGUGAAGCACCAAGACUCACAGAAUUCUUUCUUGGCAUUUUUGAAUGCGCCUACCUCUGCUCUGGAUCAAUUUGAAAUUGACUCAGUUGAGAAUUUUACAUUGUCUAAUACCCCACCACGGGAUGAAGAUAUCAAAUCUCACCUCCGUUCAAGAUCAAGGUCUCCUUCUACAGCUAGUGAGAUUGAACCUAUUGAGGUUACAGAUCAUCCGCCUCGUUCGAUUCACAUACCAUCCAUGAGGACAGCAUAUAUUGGAUCUGGACUCUCUGCACCAAAGCCUAAAGCCCAUCAGUUUGUAGUGAAAUCAUUUAAUACACCAACAAAAUGCAAUCAGUGCACAUCUCUGAUGGUUGGGUUAAUACGACAGGGCUGUACAUGUGAAGUAUGUGGAUUCUCUUGCCACGUGACCUGUGCAGACAAGGCUCCUGCUGUAUGUCCAAUCCCUCCUGAACAAACUAAGGGACCUUUGGGAAUAGAUCCGCAGAAAGGCAUAGGAACAGCUUAUGAAGGACAUGUCCGAGUACCAAAACCAGCUGGUGUAAAGAAAGGUUGGCAGAGAGCUCUGGCAGUGAUCUGCGAUUUUAAACUCUUCCUAUAUGAUGUAGCAGAAGGCAAGGCAUCCCAGCCCAGCGUGGUAGUGAGUCAGGUUAUAGACAUGAGGGAUGAAGAAUUCUCAGUGAGCUCUGUCUUGGCGUCGGAUGUUAUCCAUGCAAAUCGAAAAGAUAUCCCGUGUAUCUUUAGAGUUACAGCUUCCCAGCUCUCUGCAUCCAAUAGUAAGUGUUCAAUCCUGAUUCUAGCAGAUGGUGAGAAUGAAAAAAGCAAGUGGGUGGAGCACUGAAUGAAUUGCAUUAGGAUCUUGAAGAAGAACAAACUCAAAGACCGCUCAGUCUAUGUUCCCAAAGAAGCUUAUGACAGCACCUUACCCCUCAUCAAAACAACACAAUCAGCAGCAAUCAUAGACCAUGAAAGAAUAGCUUUGGGGAAUGAAGAAGGGUUAUUUGUUGUGCAUGUCACCAAAGAUGAGAUUAUCCGUGUUGGUGAUAAUAAGAAGGUUCAUCAGAUUGAGGUUUAUUCCCAAGUGAACAGCUCAUUUGCAGUUAUCUCAGGACGGAACCGUCAUGUGCCUUUCCCUGUUGCUGCCCUGGAUGGAAGGGAGACCGAGUUUUAUAAACUGGCAGACAAAGGCUGCCAGUCAAUAGUUUCUGGACACGUGCGUCACGGAGCUCUUACAUGCCUUUGUGUAGCUAUGAAAAGGCGUCUCUGUUAUGAACUAAAUCAGAGUAAGACACGUCACAAAAAGAUCAAAGAAAUCCAAGUUCGGAAUGUUCAGUGGAUGUCAGUCUUCAGUGAUCGUCUUUGUGUGGGCUACCAGUCAGGUUUCUUAAAAUAUCCUCUUCAUGGAGAAGGCAGUCCUUACAGUCUGCUUCAUCCAGAUGACCACACACUAUCAUUUAUCUCACAGCAGCCAACUGAUGCCAUCUGUGCAGUCGAAAUAUCAAAUAAAGAAUACCUGCUGUGUUUUAGCAGCGUAGCAGUUUAUGUUGACUGCCAAGGCCGAAGAUCCAGGCAACAAGAAUUGAUGUGGCCUGCAACUCCAUCUUCUUGCUGUUACAAUGCACCAUUCCUCUCUGUGUACAGUGAAAAUGCAAUUGACAUCUUCGAUGUGAACUCCAUGGAAUGGAUUCAGACUAUUCCUCUCAAAAAGGUACGACCCUUAAAUACAGAAGGAUCACUAAACCUUUUAGGCCUGGAGACAGUUAGAUUAAUAUAUUUCAAAAACAAAAUGGCAGAGGGUGAUGAGCUGGUAGUUCCUGAAACAUCAGAUAACAGCCGGAAGCAGAUGGUUCGAAACAUCAACAAUAAGCGUCGCUAUUCGUUCAGAGUACCAGAGGAGGAGAGGAUGCAGCAGAGGAGGGAGAUGCUACGCGAUCCAGAAAUGAGAAAUAAAUUAAUUUCUAACCCAACUAAUUUUAACCACAUAGCACAUAUGGGUCCAGGAGAUGGUAUACAGAUUCUCAAAGACCUUCCAGUGCAGCAUUCCCCUUACCAAUUCCCUCAUCAUCACUCCCGUCUGAUCUCCUCUCCAAGCAACUUUGAGCACAUCUACCACAUGACUGUUAAUUCAGCCGAAAAAUUCCUCUCUUAUGAUUCCAUAAACCCUGCAUUUUUCCCACCUCCGCGCUCUGUCCUUGGUACUCCAGACUUUAUGACUCUGAGGAAUCUUCGGCCUCAGGAAAGUCGUGCCGUGUUCAGUGGUUCUGUCAGUAUCCCAUCCAUCACCAAAUCCCGCACAGAGCCAGGACGAUCAAUGAGUGCAAGCAGUGGAUUAGCAGCACGAUCAUCUACACAAAAUGGCAAUGUUUUGUGGAGGGAAUUCUCAGGAGGUAGCUAUGGAGGAAAGCGUCAGACUAUGGCAUCACCCUCAGAUGGUUCCUUAUCCUCUGGUGGCCUGGACCAAGGCAGUGAUGCACCAACAAGGGACUACGAGCAAGAGGACUCUGACUCUCCGAGACAUUCGACUGCAUCAAACAGUUCCAACCUCAGCAGUCCUCCCAGCCCAGUUUCUCCUCACAAGACCAAGAGCCUCUCCCUAGAGAGCUCUGACCAUGUGAGCUGGGACUCAUGAACUGCUUCAGCAUUCAGAUUUGACAUCACAGUAGCUUGUUGUCCCCAUGGCUUGUUGAAGUUCUUACCUUCAUCAUCCUUAACCCUUCCAUUCCCUGUCUGAAAGUGAUCUGGGAGCGGGGUUCAGAAGCUGGUUAUCUUCAGCACUGUUCAGCAUUGCCUCACUCUCAAUUCUCUAAAUUUGACAGCAGCACAUGAGCAAAGUUAGGGUCUUGGUAAAUAUCAGAUUCUGUAGUUUUGUAUUAGCAUUGGUCUCAUUUAUGUGGUUACAGCUGCUUCAUUUUUAAAGAUUUAUCUAUUCCACUUCCCAAAACGUAGCUUAAGGAAACCAGAUUAGUAUCAACAAGAGUAAAUUCAGAAUGAUUUGUUUUCAUAAUAAUAGCUCCUAGUACUGUACAAAAGUAGCACAGGCCCUGCUAGGGGAAUGAUCAGUAUGUCAGAGGCACAUAAAAGCUUUCAGCCACCACUUUCGAAUGUCAAUCUGAUUGUCGCCAGCAAAUCCUUAUUGAUUAUAGUGAUGCAUAUUUUACUACAGUACAGAGUUAUAAUAAAUACUCAGAUGUUAAAGUAAAAUACAUAUGUAUAUAUUUAAACAAAAAAAAAAAAAAGCAUUGAGGAUGCAGCAGAAGAUGGCUGCUUAUUUAAGAGAGCCUUUAAUUUAAGAUUUGUGUUGUCCCUGUUUUCAUGCUCAGUAGUAUACAGACUUGGAGGCCUGGCCUAAAACCUUCCACAGGACAGUUAUUCUCUUUGUGUGUCACUCCCUGCACUGCCAGGAGAGUUUCUUGCAGUGCUUUCACAUUUCUUCACUUCUGGCAGUAACAUAACUGAAGCUGUAAUUCUUGCUUUCAUGUUAGUCUCCAUCCUUUGCAAAAAUGACAGUUGGAGAAAGCAACCCCCAGCCCAGACAGCCAUGGACAUAAGUCAGCCAUGUGGAUGCCCUGGCUCCUUGUGUUCCUUCAGCUCUGCAGCUGAGGAACCUUACAGCAUGCUACAGUAGAGGUCCUUAAUGCAGCGAGGGAGUUCAAUGCGGUGAGAUUUAGCAGGAAAACUGUUUCCCUGGGUCAGCCGAGGUUUAACUCAGAAGGAAGCAGUCUUCCACAUCUCCUUGACCAUCCAUAACCAGAAAACUGUUACUGAUGUUACCAAAUACUACCUGCUAAUAUAUAUCAGCCAAAGGAGUGCCCUUAGCCAGAAGCUAACCAUGGGUGGCUAUGCUGUAGCAGUGAAGAACCUUGAAGACUGACUAACGCUGUUAACACUGUGGUAGUGGAAGAUGCCUGGUCACCCACACCUUCCAGAUGGCAAGGUUUGUUUUUCUCUCCCUCCCCACCUGUGCUGUGAGUUUGUGCAAUUUGCAGUUGUUUCUGUGUGCUCACCUCCUGUUCAGUUCCAACAGAAGGCCAGGUUAGAGGGCAGAAAGUAUAGCAGGAGAAGACAGAGCCCACUGAAGUUGCAAAAAUAAGUAAAAGCUGAAGCUGGUCAUGCAGUAAACAGAAUAAAGUGAGAGACUGAUGUACAAGUGCAUGGUAAGAUGUCUCUUUAAUUAGGCAGGCAGAUGUGUUUUUCAUUUGGGAGUGUAUUCAAAUGAACCUUUCUGCUCAGUAGCAUUGUCGCCGGCUUUAUACUAUGAUCAUACUCAAAUACAUAAGGGCUUUUUGUAUUUAGAAUUCUGGUUCUUUGUGGGUUUCAGAAACUUGUUAUGGCUCUUACUAAACCAUUGCACAUUCUUUUGCAGUCAGCGGUAGAUAGUGUUUCACCAUACAGAGAUGUUUGGAGUCUUCUGGUUUCUUAUCUAUCACUAAUGGAAGUGAUAGGUAAGUUCAGACCAUGUGCAGUAAUUUCCAGCUGUGAUCUGAAUGUGAAAUAGGAAAUGAGAGACAUAUCGUUUAAUCCAUUUAGUCAUGCCAUGUCUCCUAGGUAAGAUUUCUCUGAAUCUCUAGGUUGAAAAGUUUGUCCAAGCUCACUUUGUGUCAUUUUGAGAAAGGAAUUCAGGAAUACUUUUUUUUUUAGAAACUUUAUCAAAAGGCUGCUUUGGAUUUUCAGAGAAUGAAACUGAUUGUGUUGUUUUCACUUUAAAGCUACUACCUUUGCAAGCCUAGCAUUUAAUAUUAAAAGCUUUAGUAAACAGAUAAGCACUUGAAAUUAAUUCCUUCCAGAAUAGUUUUAGUCUGAGGGACAGUCAGAGUGCUAUUGGCAUUAUUAAAAUUCCACAUCAGCUUCCUUUUAAAGGCUGUAUUUUGCUUCAAGUAUAGCCACUGCUUUUUCCCCACAGUUCCCUACUUUUGGUGAACCAUGUGCACUCUUUUCAAAGCCUUUGCAGACUAGUUUUAAAUUUUCUGUAUGUUGUAUUUAAACAUUAAUCUUAUUUUGAUAUUGAGAGAAUGCAUUUAUAGAGCAGUCAUUUACGAUAGAGCAGCCGGCAUGACAGUUCUGUGAGAGAGGGUCAGAGCAUUCUAUUUUGCAGCUGAGCUAAUGCUUUAUCUGAAAGUGGAACCCAAAGAGCCAUGAAGCAGCAAACCAUUAAAUUGAGUAAACCUCUGUGUUUACUCAGUUUGGUGCCUGCAAUCUAUUGAUAUAAAAACCACACAUUUUCAGGCAAAGCAUAGGUCAGCUGCGAUACCAAACCAAGCUCCAGAGGAUGAGGUCCACAGCCCAUUGCUGUUUCUACACCACAAUUUCUCCUUAGGAUUACUAUAUUUAAUCACUAGUUUGGCACUGUGUAUUUUUAUACAGUGCUCUUCAAAGCAGAAGCAGCAACUGUACUCUCAGUUAAAGCAAAUGACCACAUCAGUUAUUUGAAAAGAGAAAAAUUGUCCUAGGACUUGAAUACUUUUACAUAUUUGGGGACCAUUUGACUAUACUCUCAGUUUUCAACCCUACUUUUUGUUUUGUUUUGUUUUUUGUUUUUUGUUCUGUAUGAACACUAAAAAUAUAAGCAUACUGUAGCUAAGGAAAUAUAUGCAUACUGUAGCUGAGGUGUUUUUUUUUUAAAUACUUACUGGGCUAGGAAAAGUAACUCGAUCAUUUGAACUGUAAGACUCUGGACUGGUACCUCAAAGACAGACAGCUGUCUGGUAAGAUUUGAUGCUUACUCCUUUGCACUAUACCAUUGCUUCAGCUUCACAGUUAGAGGGUUGCAUUUUGUUCAGGGAGUUUAAAAAUCUCCCAUUAAAGUUCUGACUAUCACACCUAUUCUCUGUACACAGUAUAUAUCUAGCUGAUUUUUUUUUUCCUUUUGUCUGAGACCAGACUCUGCUUAAACAUAUGGGUUGUUGGGGUUUUACAUUUUUCUCUUUUGAUGACAACAAAGGAUCUGAACAGAUUCAGGCAGCUACUAAAAACUCCAGGUUAUAGAAUGAAAAAGGUUCGGUAAAUAGUUUUCCCCUGCACAUGUGCACGCAGAGAGAUGUGGCUUCCUUCCAGAGUUCAUAAACUGAGAAGCAGGGUUAUAGCAGUCUUUCCUUUAUUGCCUUUGAAGCUAUCUGGUGGAUUCAGAAAACACAUGCCUGAGGCUGUAGUUAAGCACUUGAUUCUUUUCUCUCUUCUCUCAGUUGCUGUGGCUUGUUGCAAAUGUGCAUUUUGUCCAUUUUAAUGAGUUUCAAAACUAAGCCAGGAACGGUGUCUCACUGAUUCUGAUAAAAUUAUAAGUGAGGUGUGUUAUUUUCAGGUAUAAAUAUAUAGGAGAGGGACGUUAAGAGUCUUGUCAUACCAAAAGAAGCCCAAAAAGCAUAGUUAGAAAUGUAGUUUGAUUGCACCUAACCGAUUCAUGGAGUGUGUCAGCCUUUCAAAUAAACCAGUUUGAACAUUAAAACAGAAAUAAGUUCUGACACCAUAUUGUCUUCUAUAGCCAGGCAUGUAAUGACAGGACAAACAAGGUCUUGGAGGAAAGAAAGGGUUUUUACAUUUUUAUGCAUGCUGUUUCAUUUUAAAUUAAUACAUUAAGGUUAAAAUCUAUUGCACUGCAAGUACCCACACCUCCUGAGCCUUAGUCUGAGAAUCAUUUGCACACAGUAGCUGCUGCUGUGCUUUGGGUUUCUUUGUUCUUUAUUUAAUAGGAGUCAGUUCCAUGGAAGAAAUGGGACAGUUUCCUGCACCAGCAGAAACUGCACCCUUCCAUUUGCUUUGUGUUCACACUUGUUUUUGAAAAAACACCCCCAACAACUGCUGUUGCAGGCUUUGCAGUCUAAAUUCCAAUGCCUUUCAUUCCAGCUACAGCUCAGUACAACCUGUUUUCACUCUGCAUUUAAGAAAAUCUCAUCCCCAGGGAAGAAAUCCACAAACUUACCAAUGUUGGUAUUUCAGAGCAAUUAUACCUGCUUCUUUAUGUAUGACAGUUUCAUAUCAUUUAUUUUUAAAAUAUAUUUUUUAGAUUUUUUCAUUGUAAUAUUAUUGUACAGUUUUGCAUGGCAUAGAUGUAAUCACUUUUUUUGUUUGUUUGUUUUAGAGAAUAAAAGCUGACAAGUAUGUGUGUGGGGGAAAGAUUCUGCUUUUUGCCUCUUCUCACUAUUUGGUUUAAUGCCCUCAGAGAUGUAGGGAACAUUGUAAGAGAUUCUCUGCUACAGAACAAUGAUGUAGAUAGAUUCUUUUGCACAGAAAUAUUUAAGGUGGAAAAGUCAACAAUGUAAAAAAUUACUUACCACCAAUAUUUUAUGUUGGUUACACUUAAUAUUAACCUACUUUGAUGUACUGCAAUAAAACAAGGAACUGUUACAAA